CAUGAACGCGUGUAAUUGUUGUAGUUUUAGGGCGAAAGCUCUCGCCAGCAAAAGGACAGAACUGGCCUGGUGAAGCACCAUAAAGAAGAAGAGGGACCAUCAGCAGGACCACGAGAGUGGCAGCAGUGGCAGUGGCAGAGGCAGCAGCAACGAACGCGAACUCGGGCACAUUUUUUUCGCUCCACUCGACGCUCCAUCAAAAAGUGAUACACACGGAAAAACAGCAAGCAUUCAUUCACCGAAUAUACCGAGGCAAGGAGCGCGACCGCCAUCCCGAAGAACAACUCAGCCAAAAAGCAUAUAAUUAAUUCAAAUAAUUAAACGCUCUAAUUAAACUUCGAGCUGCAACCGAGGACUUCGACUUUUUGUUUGUGUGUGUGUGUGUGUGUCUGUGCGUGCGUGCAGCUGUGUGCUAAGAGGACGGUAAAAGUAAUAAUAUACAUACAUAUAUACACACACGUACAUACGACCAUUGCAAUUCCGUUCGUGUGUAUGUGAAUGCGUGUGUGUUAGUUUAGGGGCCACGUGAAGGCGAAGACGCGCAACAACAGCGGCGGAGGAAGCGGGACAGGGACAGGGACAGGGACAGGCAGCAGGAGCGCUAGCCACGCAGAGGGGGCGGAGGCGGAGGAUAGAGAAAGUGACAGUGCUGGCGAAACCGAAAAAGCAAAAACCGAAAGUGAAAAGUAAGCCGUGGCGAAGGAGGCGCGCGUGUUGAGGAAACAGUAUCCUUCGGCCGUAAACUGUUGAAUAUAGAAUGACGUUGCAGACAAAAAUCAAUGUGAAGCACAAAAAAGCAACAGAAGUCGAAGCAGCAAUAACGGUAACAUCGCCAGCAGCAGCAGCAGCAGUAUCAGCAGGAACCACAACACAAGGAACCACAACCCUGCGCCGCUUACUCAGAUAGAGGGUGAAAGAGCAAGCGAGAGGCGGACGAACGGUGUCCAUUUAACAGUAACAAGUCAAGUGCAACAGCGAGCCAACAAAAACAAGGAUCAAGGAAUCCAAAAAAAAAAAACAUAAAAUAAAAAACGAAACAAAGAGUAACAUCUCCUGCUCUUUUAUUGCCACUCCACUCCACUCGUACUCCAACUCGCACUCCACCACCCCACGCUCUCCCCCACUCUCACUCUCUUUUUGGUUAAAAGAGCUGCGAAUUUGAUAACUGUUGAAAGAGGAAGUGGAAGAGGAAGCACAAGCAGGACGAGAUGAAGCCGUCGGAUUUGUUGUUGGUGCUAGAGAAGGUCAAGUUCAGGGUGCCACUGCCACCAGGAGUCAGCUCAACGACGCUCCUGCCCAAGCUCAUCCGCACCAAGGAUGUGAAGCAGCUGCAGGAUGGCAACGCACAACCACAGAAACCAAAGCUAACGAAAUGUCUCAACACCCUGGACCUGACCUCCUUGGGCAUCGGCUCCUGUUGCGGAACGGGCAUGUACCUGGUGGCCGGCAUGGUGGCCCAGAAAAUAGCCGGACCCGGAGUGAUUAUUAGUUUUAUUAUAGCCGCCAUAGCGAGUAUUUUCUCAGGAGCCUGCUAUGCGGAGUUUGGCGUUCGUGUGCCACACACAUCCGGCUCGGCCUAUAUGUAUUCAUAUGUGGCGGUUGGAGAAUUUGUAGCUUUUAUAAUUGGUUGGAACAUGAUAUUGGAAUAUCUAAUAGGAACAAGUGCCUGUGCCUGUGCGUUAAGUUCUAGUUUCGAUUCCCUUACUGGCAAUGCCAUCGCACGAACGAUAAGCGAGUCCAUUGGCACGAUAUUCGGUAAACCUCCGGACUUCAUUGCCUUUGGCAUAACGCUGCUGAUGACCUGCGUCCUGGCAAUGGGCGCUAGUAAGUCGGUCAUCUUCAAUCACUCGCUGAACGCCAUUAACCUGGCCACGUGGGUGUUCGUUAUGGCCGCCGGUCUCUUCUAUGUGGACACGAAGACAUGGUCGGAGCACCAGGGCUUCCUGCCCUACGGCUGGACCGGCGUGUUCUCCGGCGCUGCCACCUGCUUCUAUGCAUUUAUCGGUUUCGACAUCAUCGCUACCACCGGCGAGGAGGCCCACAAUCCCCAGAAGAGCAUACCCAAGGCCAUUGUGGGCUCGUUGAUUGUUGUCCUCAUCGCCUACGUCAGUGUUAGCCUGGUCCUUACCCUAGUAGUUCCCUACGAUCAUAUUAACACGGGAGCCGCCCUGGUCCAGAUGUGGUCCUACGUGAACGCCCCCAAGUGCCGCGCUGUGGUGGCCAUCGGCGCCACAGCCGGCCUCUCGGUGGCCAUGUUCGGCUCCAUGUUCCCCAUGCCGCGAGUCAUCUAUGCCAUGGCCCAGGACGGCCUGAUCUUCAGGCAACUAUCGCAACUGUGGCAACGCACCAAUGUGCCCGGCCUAGCGACGAUUGGCAGCGGACUGGCCGCCGCUCUGGUGGCCCUCACCGUUCGCCUGGAGAUCCUCGUCGAGAUGAUGUCCAUCGGCACUCUGCUCGCCUACACUCUGGUGUCCACCUGUGUCCUUGUGCUGCGCUACCAGCCGCACAGCACCUCGUUGGUGGAACUGCUGCCGGCCCAGCUGCGCACUCCGGUGGCGCCCGGAACCGCCAGUGACUCUCGCGCCCACAUAACGCCAGCCGAAGUCCUGGAGGUGCCCGGCAAACUGACCAUCAAGCGAGUGACCCGCGGCAUGUCCGAUUCGGAUGACUCCUUCAUAGACGACAGUCCGGAGGGCUUCCUGGGGGGCCGGGACGAUCAGUUCCUGGUUUCGGACCGUUCGGAGAACAAGUUCUACGGCAGCGUGCAUGGAGCCCCGACAGGACCCACCGGCCAGGCCACCGCCUUCGACACCAUGGGCCUAAACUUUGUGACCCGAAAGAUUCACGACUAUGCCUACCUGUGUCCCGGCUUCUUUCCCUGGAUCAACCCCGGACAGGCCACCACCGAAAGCGGAAUGUACGUCACCAAGCUCGUGGGCAUCAUGUUCGGUCUCAUAUUCUUCCUGGACCUGUUCGCGGCCAUCGGCUGGUCCGGAGGCCUGGCCGCCUUCGUCUACAUCGUUUUGUUUAUGGGCAUAUUUGUGAUACUAUUGAUUAUAUCGCGGCAGCCGCAGAAUAGAUAUGCGCUGGCGUUCCUCACCCCCGGACUUCCGUUCAUCCCGGCCAUCGCCAUCACCGUGAACAUAUAUUUGAUAUUCAAGCUGAGCAUCCUGACCCUGGUCCGCUUCACCGUCUGGAUGAGCCUCGGCUUCGUCAUGUACUUCUACUACGGCAUCACGCACAGCAGCCUGGAGCAGACCAGCGAUGACCUGGAGUUGCACGUCGACAAGGACUACAGCAAAAACGUCGAGGAAAAGGCCGUUUGGGAUCAGCAGUCUUACAACCAGACCCAUGAGCCCGUCUGGGCCAGCAAGGAGGUCAAGCAACCAUCCUCAAAACAACGCUACAACUACGGAAAAUCCUCGUCAUCCUCGACUCAAGGCAGCUCGAGGAGCGGCCACAGCGGCAGUGGAUCCACAACGAAACCACCCGGCAAAGGUGCCGCAGGCGGGGGACCCACGCGACCAGUUGCGCCGCCACCGCCGUCCACCGCGGGAGGUCAGGGCAGGGGAUCGGGUCCGCCGAUGGAGCGCCAGUAUACCGGGCAGUUCAGCAUGUUCGUGGACGAGGGUCAGUUCCCGACGUGGGACGAUUAAACGGCAACCGAGCAUCCGAUCUCAAAUCACAAAGACAAAUUCCAAAUCCAAUUCCUUUUACCAUCUACCAUUCCUUUGAUUCCCGAUUGAUUCCUGAGCUAGGAGGCUCCGCACGAGGAGGCACGAGGAGGAGAAGGAUAUCCAAGGGGGAGCAGCUCACUCACUUGUAAAUACGACUAGCGAUGUUAAGUUUAAAGGAUAUGGCAAAGUGUAACGCCACCGAUUCCAUAUAUAUACAAGGCGUACAAAGGCACGGGCGGCGGAGAAGUCACUGUUCGCCGUUCACCGUUCACUGUUCACGGCUCUCCGCUCCGUUGCGUCCUGUCGAGGUCACCAAAGUACACCUAUACCAUAUACAAACGCAUAUACAUAUACAUAUAUAUAUACAUAUAUAUAAAUUGAUUAUACAAGCGAAUAUAUAUACACAUAUAGCGAUGGGUUAUUAGUUCAGCAAAGAGUUACAAGUGCAAAGAUAACAAUUCCAUUUAUCCUCGAUCCAGCUAUAGAUCUAAGCGAUAACGAUAACGAUAAGCGACGUACGAUAGGAGCUAUCAGUGUGCCCAACGUCGAUUGACAAGCGUUUUGGGUGACGCUGGUCAAACGGGAUUCGGCACAGGAGUCAAGAGAGCAGGAUGCACCGCCAUAUUUUUGACCGACGGCGGCGAUAGGCAGGAUCUGGCGAACAAAAUAGUUAUACAAUAUACACAAAUAACUGAGCACAUCUGUACAUUUUAGGCACUAGCACUCCUCCAAUACAGACACACACGCGAAAAUCACAAUCCUGACUAUGCGAGGGGAUCCGCAAAUCAGCACCAAGGAGUCGACUUUUCCUAACCCAAAACAUUGGUAUAUGUAACUUUCCAUAUGUAUAGCCCUUGGAUGUCUGGAGAUCCCUGAGCAAUCCCACGAUUGGCAGGAACGGAACCCCAACACACACACACACACACACACACAGUCUAAACACUCUCACAACACACGGAAGAAAAUCCAAAGACAAAAAUUAUGUAUUUAUGAUUCUAUUGUUGUUUCUAUAUAUAUUAUAUUUACGCUAUGCAUUUUGUACGACGUGUCAGCACAGUACAGUGCGGUACAGUACUGUAACGUCCGUCUCAGUAAAUCUAUCCGAAGUGUUAUUUGUUUUUGAUCUCCUAGAGGCUCGCGCUAAACUAAAACUCAUUUUUAAGCGGCAUUUCGCAUUCGUUGUAAUACAAUAAUUCAUUUUACUUAACGAAAUACCAAGCAAAAAUUAUAUGAAUACGCAUAUAUAUUUAUGAAAAUUACCAUAUAAACAAUUACCAAAAAGGAAUACCAAAAAUAUUUACUUAUCGAACUAUUCAACUUAAACAAAAAACAAAAAACAAAAAGAAAAGAAAAGAAAAGAAAAGAAAAAGAAUAUAUAAAUGAAAGCAAGCAUAACUACCAAGGAAUAUGUAUAAACACAAGUGAAUAACUAAAACAAAAAUGGACGCGAAGGGAGAUAUGGUAAAGAAAACGUUUAUGUACCAGCAUACUUUUUUCCACUUUAUAUACUAUGUACAAGCAACCAUGCAUAACUAAUCUAUUUUUAACCAAAUUACAAGUAUAUGGCAAGUUUAAAGCAAAAUCAACAACAUUUUUAAGAAUAAUAAUACUUCUGAUAAUUUAUUCGUUUUGUAACUUCACUACAACUUUGUACAUACACUCGAAACAAUCCUUGUACACUCGAAACACGAACCGAUAUUCUUACUAUAUACUAUAUACCAUAUUGAGAAAAUCAACAAAAUCAACAACUGAACCACAACAGAGACAAAAACUAUUUAUAUACAAAACUAUUGUCUAAGCUAUUUGAAUAAUUUGAUAUAGUUUCGUUUCAAUAAUGUCUAUUCUUGUGCUUAAUUUUAAUUCAAACAAUUUCGAGUGCCAAAUCGUUGCACAAAAGCACUCUUUAAGCCAGUAACAGAAAUUAGCAGAAAACCUGAAAACCUGAAAACCAAACCAACUGAAAACUAAAAAUCUAUCAAUCACUCAAGAUCCUGGUUUUCAAAGAGAGGAGCUUUCCGGACCAACUACUUAAGAUAUAUAGACGCCACCCAACUGGUCCCACACUAUGUAACUACUAACUAUAUAUGGAAUUUCAACCUUGUUUACCACUAACUCCAGACCGAAGCGCGAAAUACAAUUUGUACAUACACCUCACGAGUAUCUCUUAAAACUCUUAAAAUCAGCGAAAAACAGACAGUGCGAAUGUAUAUUUUUAUGAACAAGGCACAGCAAACCAACAAACAAACAAACAAGCAACUAAAUGAAACGAAACUCAGAAGCAAAGCAACAAAACUAAUGAAUAACAUAUCCUACCACACAGCUUAAAGUUGAAAUAUACAUAAAUCUAACCGGAACCUGUCGGGUCCGAUUCAGUCGAUAGUUUCGAUAAACGAUUACCCGCCAGCUAAUCCUAAAUGGACGCCAUUUUUUGUUAUCUGUUUCUUUUGGGUCAAACUCUUAAGUUUUAUUUAUAUAUUGAUUUUUAUUGCAGAUGGCAGUAAUUGCGAAAACGAAACUGUCCGCUGAGUGGGCUGUCGGGCCGGUAGUUCCAGGUAUCCGUACUUCUAUACUAUGGAUAACAAUAGGUACAGGCAAUCCUCCAGUAACUGCGGGCUGCAACAGCUUGCUCUUCCACCUUUCGGUUAUUUCCGGUACCACCAAGUUAAGACAUAGAUACAAAAACUGUUAUGGGAAUAUGAUAGUUUUAAUGGAUUUUCUACAGUUCCAAUUUAAAGCGAAACAAGAAACUAUUAAACAUAAAAUAAACACUAUAUAUCGAUAAAUGUGAAGAUGGCAAGUGGAAGAAGAACAAGAACAGAACCCAAAAAGCUUCCGUUACAAAACGUAUGCAUUUGAAUACAAAAUAUUGUUUUAACUUCAAAAUCUCUUUUCGAACAAUCUCUCGAACGGAAACUGAAAACAGGGAACACUUAAUCUACCGUCUAUCCGGCCCACUGUAAGCCCCCUUUGUAACCCCUGAAAGCGGGCCGAGAAUCAGCCAUAGAAGAAAGCCAUAGAGUUACCGAAAUCCAAACCGGAAGUGGGGAAUACUCCCAACAAGGAAGCACACACAAGCAAAAACAAUAAAAUAGAACAAGCCAUGAAACUUUAUAGAUUAAUAGAGAAUUGAAUUUCCGAAAGCAACCAGACAGUUUACUGAUUUUUUUGAAGAGCCAAGCCUAAAAGUCUUAAACACGAACAACUCACAUUAAAUGAAACAGCAUUUUAGUUAUCGAAAGUACAUUAGUGAAUUGUUUAUUUGGUUGAUUGAUCAAUUGAUUUGACAGCUGAAUAUAAUGUAUGUACCUAAGUUUUUGUUUAUUUCAUAAGACUGAAUUACUGGAAUAUGAUUUAUUUAAACGUGUAUAUAAUUAAGGUGUAAUAGCAAACUUUACAACUUUUACUAAUGAAGCAUCAAAAUUUUUGAAAUUAUUCUGUACUCAUUUAUCUUAACAAAAUGAACAAAAAAAUGCAAAAAAAACACAAAAAAAAACGAAAAGCUAUGUGAAAGAUUGAGGAAAAUACGUGAUGUC